CGUGUGGAGAAGAAGAAUGACGUAGUCCAACAUGGAGGCGCUGUGAAGCACACUGACUUUCUGUCAGCUUUUUGUCUUAAAACCACAAUAAAAGCAGAUUAUUUAGAGGUGAAAUGUUUUCACAGGCGGCUCGGCGUGUAGAAAGAGCCGCUCCGGGCUUGAGCUCGGGGGUCCUGCUGAAGGAUUUGGUCUUCGCGCGUGGGAGAACCAGCAGCCUGCAGGCCCAGCGGCACUUCGGUGGCAGCUGCUGUCUGACAGCCAAAAAGCUGGAACAUCGGCCCAUACGCACGGAAAUAGUGGAGAUCCCCGGGCUGGAGAAGAUCACCUACGGAGCGAGGAUGUACUUUGUGCCCGGUUUGGCUAAACCGGUUUACCCGCCGUGGCAGAAGGAUUACACGGAUCCGAAUUUCCACAGACCCCCUCCGCCUGAAGACAUGCCGCUCCACAAGGACAAACCCUGCUACAUCUUCCACCAGACGACCAACCUGACGGAGGGUGUGCAUCAGGCGCUGUGGUUGACGAAGGCUAAGCUGACCUCUGGCCUGCCGCCUCAUCUCCUCUCAUUAGCAAAUGAUCCUACCAAUCAGAUUCCAGAUCAAGAUGAACGUGUGCAAAACGCCAUCCGGCAUGCACGAUUCUGGGACACAACAGAGAGCCGGCCAGACAAAGACAAAUACAGCUGUACUCUCCUCACCGACUUGCUCCAUCUGUGUGGCACACUGCAGCAGAGUCACCCAACACUUGGACGACGGAUCCUUGCACAGAAGUAUUUAAUAGCUGCUUCAUGGAAACGAGGUGAUGAUCUGUUCCAGGUUCGGGGUCUGAAUGGUUUGCUGCAGAACAGCAGAGAUCCACUGCCACCGCUUUCUGAUAAACAGGGAAUAGCCAGCACUGUAGAUCACAUUUUGGAAACCUUCUAUCCCGUGUCCCCCAACAUUGACCUGCAGCAAACCAAUGUGUACAUGGAGGAUGUGAAUUCCACAGGUUUUCGGGAAGGCUACCCUUAUCCGCAUGCUCACACACUUUUCUUUGCCGAGGGAGAUGAACAGUGCAAGCUGAAGCCAGAACAGUUCAGAGCCAAGAUGGUCAUGUUUGCUUUUGGGAAUGCUCUGGCCCGUGCACAUAUUCUGUAUGGGACCCAGCCUCAGCAGGUAUUAGAUCGUCCUAUAACUGUUCAGGCCGUCGGCACCAAUGGUCGAGUUUUCCAUUUUGUUGUGUUCCAGCUCAACACCACUGACCUCUCAGGAGACGACGGUGUCAAGAACGAGGUGUGGAUGGACAAAGAUGUUGAGCUCUAUAAGUUUGCUAAGGUCAGACCUUAUAUCAAGAGGAAAGAAGUCAAGGUCCCAGCUGGUCUGGCAGGAUACCAGCCUGAAACUUUCAGCAAGUUCCUUGCUCUGUACCUUCAUGGAGCAGUCUAGGACUCGAGGCUGACUGACGACA